CCCUUUUUCUCGAUUGUCAUUCCUCCACGAGCAAUACUUGUACCCCCCACAGACUCUUCCCACGCUGCUACCGUCUCUCGGCUUUUGGCCCCCAAACGUGUCCUCCACAGUCCGGCCCUGAAGCACCACUAUCACCGUCGCACGCGCUCUUCCGAACGACGGUCUCUUUCUACCACGACACGGAAUUUAGAUCGCAAGGAAAGAAGAAAAGUGAGGAAGCGGGAACAAAACACACACGCGCGCGCACACGGACACGGACACACACACACAAAACACAAAACACAGACGUGCCGACUGAAGAAAACCCAAAAUGGCGGGCCGGAUCCAUCGCGUCACCAUGUUCAAGAUUGCCGACGAGGGGCAGAGACAAAGCCUGAUUGAGCAGUACAAGAUCUUGGGGGAAAACCAGAAGAAGGACGGGAAGCCGUACAUCCUCUCCAUGGUCGUCGGCCCCGCCAUCGACGACCCGCGCAGCCAGGGCUACACCGUCGUCUGCAAGACCGAGUUCGCCUCGCUCGACGACAUGCGAUACUACGACGACGAGUGCGCCGCUCAUGGCGCCAUCAAGGUCUUUGUCAAGGAGAACGUCAACGUCACCGGCAUUAUGUCCGUCUACUUUGAGCCUCAGGCCGUGGCCCAGCUGUGAGACGGUCAAUCAUGUAAUGGGAGAGAGAGAGAGGGAGAGAGAGAUAGAGAUAUAUAGAGGGAUGGCCUUUUGAUGAAGCGUUUGGGAAUGGGCAAAUGGGACCAUGGUACGGGGGGCUGUUUACGGCAACGGUUUUCCCUCGUUCCCUUUGGGGGUCUCGGCUUUUCUCCCUUUCUUCUUUUCUCCUCGGGGUGGAAGAAAAUCAAUUGUCAAAUACACUCCUUGAUCAAUUGUCAAAUAAACUCCUUGUUGCCGGUUAUGGACAGGUAUCAAGCUACUUUGCGUACACGGAAACCCAACCCCCCCUACUUUGAAACCAAGAAAAACGAUCGUCAAUCCGGCCCUUCUUGUCAUUGCAGGCGUUCUUUUUUUUUUCUCUUUUUUUUUAUACCGCCCGCCUCGUUUU